AAACAGUGGAGUGCUUCACAUUUUCUCUCUCUUCCUCUUUCUCUUUCUCUCUCUAGGUUUUACUGGAAAUCGCAAAGCAAGGAAGGAUGAUAAAACACAAAGGGUUAGUUGUUAGUCAAGUCCAUUGGCUCUAGCUGCAGUAAGCCGAUAUUAAUUAGUGAAGGUUGAACAAGGGUUACGUCAUGACGGAAUCAAAAUGUGGCUGGCAUGAUGAUGAUAUGUCGGUAGAUGAGGAUGAUGGGCUCUCUGAAGAGACACUCAGUCAGCUAGUCACGCCAGAAGGUGAGGUUCCCCUAGGUCAUGUGAGUUGUCACGAGUCGGUAUCCCUUCAGUCAAUGGAUUAUUGUGAUUUAUCUAUGGUGGAUAAUGAACGUUCAGGACGACUUGUUACUGUCCCACAUGUCACCUUUGAUCCUAUCAUAUUGAGAAGAGACGUAGCCAAAAUGUUUGUAUUACAUGAAUAUCCUCUCUCCUUGAUUGAUCAAACUGGGUUUAGGGACUUCUUACGUAAUCUAAAUCCUUUAUUUGGGAUGGUUUCUAAAGAGACUGUUGAGAGCGACAUAAUGAAAAUCUAUAAAAUUGAGAGAUGCAUGGCGCGUAUAGAACUAAGUGAAGAAAGUGACAUGCCUGCUGGUAGAGUUUCCCUUACAACAAAAAUGUGGAGUUCUAGUGAUGGAAGUCGGAAGUUUUUGGCCAUUACAGGACACGUGAUCAAUCAUGAAUGGAAAAACAAUCAUUUAUUAUGAGGUGAUUUCAAUGCUUAUUUUACAA